AUGUCCUACUACUUCACCAUCAUCGGCACGCGCGACAACCCGCUCUUCGAACUCGACUUCGGCACCUCCAAAGUCGGCGGCGAUGGCAUCGCGAGGUUCCGGGAGGAAGCCAAACAUAUGAAUCAGUUCAUCGUGCACGCCGCGUUGGAUCUGGUAGAGGAGACGCAGUGGAGUACGAAAGAUCUGUAUCUCAAGAAGAUUGAUUCUUUCCAGAACAAUCACAUCCACACGUUCCUCACCGGCGGUAAUGUCAAGUUCAUGCUGCUCAUGAACCCGGAUCCUUCGAGUACAUCUUACUCGGCUUAUCAGACUUCUUCUCCGCCUUCGAGGCCAAGUACUGCGAGGCAAAAUACGCUGCUUGCGAGUAACCCAGGGAGUCAGCAGACGGAGGAAGCAGUUAGGCAGUUUAUGUUUGAGGUCUACGAAGCAUGGAUGAAAUGCAUCAUGAACCCCUUCUAUCAAGUCAACCAACCCGUCACGUCUCCUGUAUUUCGGAGUCGGGUAGGCAUGGCCGCAAAGAAGUAUCUCUGA